CCUUUAAAGGGGGGGCUCCUCGGCUGCCGCACAUGCUCAGCUCUUCUUUGUGUAAUAGUUUCUUUCUAGAGCUCCCCUGCAAAGGCGGCGGAGAGGCUGGAGCGUUGCAAUUCCAAAGACGGAAGAGAGAGAGAGAGAAAGAGACAGAGAGACUUUCCUUUCGAUUUUGAGGCCGCCAGAAACCGAGGCACGAACUUUCCCGGGGGCGGGAGAUAAGCCUCCCGCCUCCCUUCACUUUCGGCUGGGGCUCAGAAAUGGAAAGGGACCCUUAGUGGCUUUCCAUCCUUUCCGGGCCAGUUGCUCCAGCAACGGGGCUCCCGAAGCGGAGUCUAUUCCAGUCUUCUCCCCGGCUGAGGCGGGGCCUGCCUGGUAGUCCAAAAGAAAGGGACGGGUCUAAUCAGACCGGCGGAGCGGGAGAGGAGGAGGAGGAGGAGGUGGGGGUGAAAAGGAGGAGGAGGAAGAGGAGGGAUUCGGCCCCAGCCAGCCUCCGAAAGCAGCUUACAAUUAGCCUUUUAAAAAUGGCUGCUUUCAAAGUGUCAGCUGGGACAGACGGAGGCUUUUAACUCUCGCCCUUCCUUCCCACACCCCCGCUUGCAAGGCGGGAUUAAAACAAAAAGCAAAAAACACCGGAGCCUCCGCUUCCCUCCCGGCCUCCGGCCCGCUGCUCUGGGAUGCUGGGAGGACGCUAAGGAACGGCGCUCUCCUUGCCUCGAAGGAGCCACAGCAUCCCCCCCGACCGCCCUCCGCUGCUCUCCCGUUGCUGCUGCUGCUGCUGCAAGAGUCGGGACUACAGGAGGCGGAGGAGAGGGGCUAUUUUAUUAUUUUUAUUAUUAUUGCGGCCGCGGGGAGAGCCGGACACGGGAAGCGGGGCCAUGUGGUGAGAAGAAGCGGCGAGGGCAGGAGAGAAGCCUCUGCUCAUGGAAAGUGGGGGGCAAUGAGCCCCAAGGACGACGAGGAAGAGGAGGCGGGAAGCGGGUCGCCAGCGUUGUACCCGAAGAACCCGGCGGAGGCUGCUGUGUGAGAAGCGUUGGGGGAGAGGAAGCUUCUCGGUUUCCUGUUGUAACUACAUUCGGGAGUCCCCAGCCAGCCCCUUCCUUAUCUGCGCCCCGUUUCUUCAACCUGUUUAAAAGCGCCUUCUUUUGAGUGAUGUGCGUGGGGCGGCUUUCCUCCUGCUUAAACCUGCCCGAGAAACUGGAUUAAUUCAGCCUCUUCCUUGCUCCCCUGUGGCGGUUUGUCAGGCAGGCCGGUUGCGGAUGUGCUUUGUGGGCAAAGAUGCUGGAUCUGUUGGGGAAAGUCCUGCGCAGAAUAGAAGGCCCUCCUGUAAUCCUGGGAACCUGGAGACCUUUUUCUUCUUCCUCCUGCUGCUUUGCUACCUUCAUGGAUAUAAAUAACUGGCUCCUCUUUUACGGGAUCCUCUACCUGGUGCUGUAUGCCCAAGUUUCCCACUCUAAGACUUGUGAAAGAACCUCGUGCUUUUCUGGUCGAUGUGUCAAUUCCAGCUGCCUCUGUGAUCAAGGCUGGGUGGGGGAUCAGUGCCAGCAUUGCCAAGGCAGGUUCAAGUUAACUGAAUCUUCUGGAUAUUUAACGGAUGGGCCGAUAAAUUAUAAAUACAAAACUAAAUGUACAUGGUUAAUUGAAGGAUACCCGAAUUCAGUUUUAAGAUUACGAUUUAAUCAUUUUGCAACAGAAUGUAGUUGGGAUCAUAUGUAUGUUUAUGAUGGAGAUUCAAUAUAUGCACCUUUAAUAGCUGUAUUUAGUGGUCUUAUAGUUCCAGAAGUGCAUGGAAAUGAAACUGUACCUGAAGUAGUAACUACAUCUGGCUAUGCACUGCUACACUUUUUUAGUGAUGCUGCUUAUAAUCUAACAGGAUUUAAUAUUUUUUACUCAAUUAAUUCAUGUCCGAAUAACUGCUCAGGGCAUGGGAAAUGCACAACUAGUGGCUCGAUACCAAGCCAAGUAUAUUGUGAUUGUGACAAGUAUUGGAAAGGAGAAGCCUGUGAUAUCCCUUAUUGUAAAGCUAACUGUGGAAGUCCUGAUCACGGCUACUGUGAUUUAACAGGAGAAAAACUCUGUGUCUGCAAUGAUAGUUGGCAAGGUCCUGAUUGUUCUUUGAAUGUCCCCUCAAUGGAAUCAUAUUGGAUUCUGCCUAAUGUUAAGCCAUUUAGUCCAUCUGUGAGCAGGGCUUCCCAUAAGGCAAUUCUUCAUGGAAAGUUUAUGUGGGUAAUUGGUGGAUAUGCAUUUAAUUACAGUACCUUCCAGAUGGUAUUAAACUAUAAUUUGGAAAGCAGCAUUUGGAAUGUGGUGCCUAUAUUGAAAGGACCCCUUCAGAGAUAUGGACAUACUAUUGCUUUAUAUCAGGACGACAUUUACAUGUAUGGAGGCAAAAUUGAAACAAAUACUGGUAACGUCACUGAUGAAUUAUGGAUUUUCAACAUACCAAGUCAGACCUGGAGCCUCCGAAUUCCAGCAGUGCUUGUCCAUGGGCAGCAAUAUGCAGUUGAGGGUCACUCAGCACACAUAGUGGAGCUUGACAGCAGGGAUGUUAUCAUGCUUGUGAUUUUUGGGUACUCUGUAAUAUAUGGCUAUACAAGCAGCGUUCAAGAGUAUUAUAUCAGAACGAAUUCUUGGCUUGUACCAGAAACAAAAGGAGCAAUAGUACAAGGUGGAUAUGGCCAUACCAGUGUCUAUGAUGAUACCACAAAAUCUGUUUAUGUUCAUGGAGGCUACAAAGCAUUGCCCAGUAAUAAAUAUGGAUUGGUUGAUGAUCUUUACAAAUAUGAAGUUAAUACUAAAACAUGGACAAUUUUAAAAGAGAGUGGCUUUGCAAGAUAUCUCCACUCGGCUGUUUUGAUGAAUGGAGCAAUGUUAAUUUUUGGGGGAAACACUCAUAAUGAUACUUCAUUAAGUAAUGGUGCGAAGUGUUUUUCUGCUGAUUUCCUGGCCUAUGACAUUGCUUGUGAUGAAUGGAAAAUUCUUCAAAAACCAAGUCUUCAUAGGGAUGUGAACAGAUUUGGUCAUUCUGCAAUUGUCAGCAAUGGGUCCAUGUAUAUAUUUGGAGGCUUUUCAAGCGUUUUGUUGAAUGACAUCCUUGUAUACAAACCUCCCAAUUGUGAAGCAUUCAGAGAUGAAGAUCUUUGUAAAACUGCUGGGCCAGGAUUAAGAUGUUUAUGGAACAAAAAUCACUGUGUGUCAUGGGAACUUGGACAUGAUACUAACAUCCUUAGCCCAAAAUGUCCCAGAAAAAUAGCCGCAGCAGAUGACAGAUGUUACAAAUAUGCAGACUGUGCCAGUUGUACUGCUAAUACAAAUGGCUGUCAAUGGUGUGAUGAUAAGAAAUGCAUUUCUGCAAACAGUAACUGCAGCAUGUCAGUGAAGAACUACACCAAAUGUCAUGUAAGAAACGAACAGAUAUGUAAUAAGCUGACUAGUUGCAAAAGCUGUUCACUAAACCUCAAUUGCCAGUGGGAUCAGCGACAGCAAGAAUGUCAAGCUUUACCAGCUCACUUAUGUGGAGAAGGAUGGAAUCAUGUUGGAGAUGCAUGCCUUCGUAUAAACUCCAGUCGUGAAAACUAUGACAAUGCCAGACUUUAUUGUUAUGGCUUAAAUGGGAUUCUUGCUUCACUAACAACUUCCAAAGAGGUAGAGUUUGUUUUGGAUGAAAUACAGAAGUACACUGUCCAGAAAAUAUCUCCUUGGGUGGGUCUACGCAAGAUUAACAUCUCCUACUGGGGAUGGGAUGAUAUGUCUCCCUUUACUAAUACAACAUUGCAGUGGCUUCCUGGAGAACCAAAUGAUUCUGGAUUCUGUGCCUAUCUUGAAAGGGCUGAAGUGGCAGGUUUAAAAGCAAAUCCUUGUACAGCUAAGGCGGAUGGCCUUGUUUGUGAGAAACCUGUUGUUAGUCCAAAUCAAAAUGCUCGGCCCUGCAAAAAGCCAUGCUCUUUAAGGACGACAUGUUCCAACUGUACCAGCAGUGGCAUGGAAUGCAUGUGGUGUAGCAGCACAAAACGAUGUGUUGAUUCAAAUGCUUACAUCAUUUCCUUUCCAUAUGGCCAGUGUUUAGAGUGGCAAACUACCACUUGUUCUCCUCAAAACUGUUCAGGGUUGAGGACUUGCAGUCAGUGUCUGGAACAUCCAGGAUGUGGAUGGUGCAAUGAUCCCAGUAAUACAGGCAAAGGCCAUUGUGUAGAAGGCUCGGCAAGGGGACCAGUGAAGUUCAGUGGGACGCAUUCUACUGAAAUAGUUAUUGACAACAAUCUUUGUGCUAAAGAAAAAAAUUAUGAAUGGUCUUUUAUUCAAUGCCCAGCUUGCCAAUGUAAUGGACAUAGCACCUGCAUUAAUGGCAAUGUAUGUGACCAAUGCAAAAAUCUAACUACAGGAAAACAGUGUGAAACAUGCAUGCCCGGUUAUUAUGGAGAUCCAACAAAUGGAGGACAGUGUACAGCUUGCACAUGCAGUGGUCAUGCAAAUAUUUGUCACAUGCAAACAGGGAAAUGCUUCUGCACAACCAAAGGAAUCAAAGGAGAGCAGUGUCAACUUUGUGACUCUGAAAAUAGAUAUCUUGGUAAUCCACUCAGGGGAACAUGUUACUAUAGUUUACUGAUUGACUACCAGUUUACCUUCAGUCUGUUACAAGAAGAUGAUCGUUAUCACACUGCCAUAAACUUCAUUGCAAAUCCUGAACAGUCAAACAAAAAUUUGGACAUAUCAAUUAAUGCAUCAAAUAACUUUAACCUGAAUAUCACAUGGUCUAUUGGCUCUACAGCUGGAACAAUAUCUGGAGAAGAGAUUCCUGUAGUUUCGAAAACUAAUAUCAAGGAAUAUAGGGACAGUUUUUCCUGUGAAAAAUUCAAUUUCAGAAGCAACCCAAAUAUCACUUUCUAUGUAUAUGUCAGCAACUUUUCAUGGCCAAUCAAAAUACAGAUUGCGUUUUCACAGCACAACACCAUCAUGGAUCUGGUGCAAUUUUUUGUUACUUUCUUCAGUUGUUUCUUGUCACUGCUACUGGUGGCUGCUGUGGUCUGGAAAAUCAAGCAAACCUGUUGGGCUUCUCGACGGAGAGAGCAACUUUUGCGAGAACGACAGCAGAUGGCCAGCCGUCCUUUUGCUUCUGUGGAUGUAGCUCUCGAAAUAGGAGCUGAGCAAACAGACUUUCUACGAGGUCCAUUAGAGGGUUCUCCAAAACCAAUUGCCAUUGAGCCAUGCUCAGGAAACAAAGCAGCUGUACUCACUGUGUUUUUAUGCCUGCCGAGAGGAUCACUAGGGGUUCCACCACCUGGUCAAUCAGGGCUGGCAAUUGCAAGUGCACUGAUAGACAUUUCACAACAGAAGCCCUCAGAGUCUAAAGAUAAGAGUUUGGGAAUCAGAAAUCGCAAGCAUCACCUUUCAACCCGUCAAGGGACUUGCGUCUGAGAAAACAAGAAUGCAUUUGUAUAUCCUGUAAUGUUUUAUUCUUCUGCCUGACCCCCCCCCCAAACCUUUUUUUUUUAAAGAGCUUCCAUUGAAAGCUAAAAUACAGCCUCAGUUUUUAUGGAGGCAAUCUCUGGAUGGUGGCAAAGAUGAUGGUAAGAAGUAUCAAGCUUAGAUGAAUUAACGUGUCUUCUUCCCACUGAGCCCCCAAAGUUCUAAUGGGCAAUGUGAAUAUAUCGGCUGAACCUGAAGAAAAUAUUCUAACAUCAGUACUAAUAUAAAAUAUUCCUCCAUGAUUUUUUAGUAUCCCUACCAUGAAAAAAGGAAAAAUUAUAAAUUGCUUUAUAAUGGGAAAGGAAAUAUAUUAUUGAAAUGUUAAAUAUUUUGAAGGACUCGUUACAUAGUUAGAAGUAAUGGGUUACCAGUGUUUCACUUUGAUCACUAUUUAGGCACAUUUAAUUAAAUCAAACAAGAACUGACAUAAUUAAGGAUAUACUGUAAAUAUUAUCACUGCCAGGUAUGACAAUAGAACUUGAGCUAGAAAUACAAACAUGUAUUUCAGUGAGCCAAAUAUAACAAGAACAAAAUACAUAUAUUUCAAUAAGUAAAAAUGUGGAUACAUUAAUAUCAAAAGAUCUUUCAAAAGCAGGGUAAAGUAUAAGAGUUCAAAAUGUAGAAUGCAGCAGAAAGCUCAUUCCUGUAUUCCUUGCCAAACUAUCUCAUUUUAAGAGGGGGGAAAAACCAAUACGUCAGCAAUGUAUCCACAACUAUUCUUCUCCCCCACCCCUUACAACAACCAUCUUAAGAAUUGCAAGACUUGAGAGGGUGGAGUUGAAAAACCUUACAUUCCUACAUAAAACUGCCUUGAAUUCUGCAUUAAUACUGAUAAUACUGAUGGUCCAUGAAAUCUGUGGACUUAAAGCUUGUUGCAGAUUUUAGCCUUAGAAUCCAAUGGGAAAAUCAUUAUCAUAAUCCUUACCGAAUAAUGUUGCUCUGACUAUAUUCUCUCCUUUAUUGCCGCUAUUAAAAGUCAUCUCCCCUAUUAGAAGCAAAUAUAUAUUCUUCUCCUUUAAUAAAACAUACAUUGAAGUAUCCAAUGGCCUUCUAACAGUUUUCUUCUUCAAGGCUGCUGGAUUGGCUUUUAGGAAAGGCCGUUACCAAAUUGCCUACCAAAAGCAAGAAGGAAACAAUUUUUAGCGUGUCAAUUUCCAUCCUUUUCUUUAUGCAGACCACUACUUCAUCCAAACUCACCUCAUAAGCUACGGGAGAACAAAGUGAUACCCGUAGGCAUCAGAGGAUACAUAUCUUCCUAUAGUGUCCACAAAACCCCAACAUUAAAUAAAACUUAUUUUUUUAAAAACUCACAUAUUUGAAAUAUUUGCAGUAUUCCAAAUCUCAGUGCAUUUUUGCUCAUUUGAAACUUGUGAAAUUUGGGGUGGCUAUGCCAGAAUCGCAUAAGAUGUGGCAGUGCCCCAAUAUUUUGGCCAUACUCUCACAAGGAUCCACCUGCAGUACCUCAUAAACCACUGGUGUUCCCUAGACCAUAAUCUGAGAACCAGUGAUCUAGAUAUUUGAAAACAAAUAAUUAUGAUACACUUUUAUUGCUUCAUAAUUGCUGCUUAAUUGUGAAUACACUUUAUGUUUUCAGCAGCCGUUCUUUUGUUGAUGAAAGGUUUUGUGAUUUAAUUAGGUUCCCAUAGAAGGGAGAUCUGGUUUUUGCCAUUUUCCUGUGUUUCCUUCUGCCAGCCCCCACCCACGCAUACACAGAUUCUCCCCCCCUCCCCGCUACAAUACAGUUCUCUAAAUAUGAGGAGGACUCACAUCAUAUAUAAUGAGAAAAGGUCUUUCAGAGGUUUAAUCACUUUGAUAACAUGCUCUUUAGGCUUCCUGGUCUCAAAUUUAAAAAAAAAACCAAAAUGCAUUUAAAUAAUAGAAAUGCUAUUUAAGUACUUAAUUUGUUUACUUAAUCUUACUCAUUGCAGUGUACAUUUCAUGCACAAUUUUAGUUGAAGUUGGUAUGUACUCAAAACUGGUAAUAGCAGAUUACGUGUUCCAGUGGACUUGUUAAAAUCCCGGGGAAGAACAGAACAGCAGUUCUUAGUCUGCAGAGCUGCUAUUGCAGUAAUUAUGCACAGAGGUAUAAACUCUUACCAGUGGUGGAGUUGUGUUAAUUAAAAAAGGUAUACAAAUAUAAUUGGUGUUUAUAUUAUAUUUUCAUUUUCUUCCAGGAAGGGAAAAGAUUUAACUGUUUACAGUUUGACUACAUAGUUCCUUGCAUGUCAAGAUGGUGCAGUAGCAGUAAUAAAAGGCCUGUUUGUGACUUGAUGGUGUUUCUCUUUAAAAAUAAUUUUACUUAAUUUGGGUGAGGAGUGAUGUUUUGAGAAAAAAAAGAUAGAAAUUCAUUAAAAUGAACUGUUGUACAUUAUGUAGUUCUCUCUCAUUCAAGAUCAUUGGAUUACAUUUUUAUCAUGAUUGCUCUACUGUUUUUGAUUCAUUGCUCAGUGAUAAAUUAUGCAGGCAUGAUUGUUGGACUAUUUUCAUUCUCAAAAGGAGACUAAUUAUUACUCACAUUAUGUUUUCAAGGUGUGAUGAUUUUGUUUUAAAUUCAAUUUAUUAUUCUAAAACAAAGGGUCCCAGUUCUGCAGGCAUUUUUGUGUUAAUAAGUCUAUUGAUAAUUUUAUAUACAUAUAAAUACUUACAGAAUUAGGGAGAGGGAGGGCUGUUGCUAUCAGAAAAAAAUCAGUUAAUGAACUUUUAUAGCUCUGAUAAGACUCUUGUUUUGUUUUUGUUUUUUUUAAAAAUGCCUUCUAUUAUGCUAAUAGAAACAAAUUUCAUUACAAUGGGCAUGUAUAAGGAGUAAGGGGAUUAUUCAGAGAAUAACAAAAGAGAAAUAAAAGACUUGGCUGUAAAUUC